UCGUAUGCAAUUCAGCGGCAGGGCCCUGACGCUGGAAUGUGAAACUACAAGUUAUUUAGCCAAAACAAAAAUUUGACAAACCUCGGCGUACCAUUUCAGAAAUAUCACAGCUCUCCUCGGGACUCAGCUAUGGUCCGAGACAUGAGGGAGACUCUUUAACAUAUGGGGAUGAGACGAGAUAGGUUAUUCAAGCGUUUGCAGCUUUGGGAUCGUUGAAUCUCUGUGUUGGCUGAGGAUGGCGCAGGGAGGCGCUCAGCUCGACUACCACAAACUGCAGGACCUCAAGCAGCGUUUCCCAGAGAUCCCAGAGGGGGUAGUGUCACAGUGCCUUCUGCAGAACAAUAAUAACCUGGAUCUCUGCUGCCACCUGCUGGCUAAGGAGAGUAAUAGAUACCUUUAUGGCGAGUUCCAUCACAGUCCAGAGGAGGGGCGACUCAGCCGAAACCACAUGCUGCACAUUAGCCUGGGCUAUCCGGGCUCUGAGGCAAGCAAAGCAAAUGGAGGAGCAGCAGGAGUAGGGCGCUCCCUAGUGCACAGCACCAGUGACAGUCAUAUCGAACCCCAGCGGCCCAGCUACCCCGAGCCCCUGUCAGCCCCUGCCACCAUGGCCCCCUCCCCGGGUUACAAUCCUUUCUUUAUGAACGAUCAAAGCCGGUCGGCUAGCACUCCCACACCUCCACCCUCAAUCCAGGGCAUGUCUCCUACAUACUCCCCUGUCCCACGUUACACGAUGAACCCUAUAACAGUCACACUUUCACAAAGUAUACCCAAUGUCCCGCAAGCUCUGCAGAUCCCUCCUGGGCACUACGCAAACAGCACUAACACCACCCUGUAUAUUCGACCCUCACCCUCCCAGAGCCCACAGCCAACACCCUGGUCCUCCUCAGGGGCACCUGUGUAUCAGCAUCAGCAGUCCCCUUACAGUACUCCCACAUAUGGCUCGCCUUACAGCUCCCCACAGCAUCAGGUACAGCCUCCACAACCACAGCCCCAGCCGCAACCCCAGCACCAGCAAUAUGUCUUCCUCCCUAUUAGCUCCCCAACCCUUCCCAGCAUGCCCUACCAUCACCAGCAACAACCCCAGCAACAGCCAGCAGUAUAUAGGCCCUACCACACAAAAAGCUCUCUCAAGAACCAGAUAGAAAUUACCCUGGAGGGUCCAAGACCUCGCAGCAACUCACCUGUGCAUACUCCCCACCCCCAAGGAGCGCUUUACAUGGCCACUAGCCCCUCGCCCAGCUCCCCUUCAAGGGGCAUCACUAUGACCGGACCUCCAGGGCCGGCCUCCUUCCACCCUGGCAUGUACCUACAGCAUCAGGGCCCUGCAAGGCCUCGGCCGGCCUCCUCUCCUCAACCGGGCCAGUCAGCGUACACCUUCAAAAUCAAAGUGUCCCCAGGUGGCCAGGCCCAGAGGCCACCCAGCUCACCUCCUGUGGUUGAACCAGAGUCUCUUCUCAACAUAGAAGACCAAGGGGCGCACAACGCUGCCCCUGCACCCAUCCUGCCUAUCUCUGCUUUACCAGGGAGCGUUGCUAAUCAGUUUCAGCAAAUGCCCCGACGUUCAAGCUCAGGCUCUGAUGACUAUGCCUACACACAAGCUCUCUUGCUCCACCAGCGGGCCAGGAUGGAGCGUCUAUUGAAGGAGCUGCUGCUGGAGAAGCAGAAGCUAGAGCAUCUGAAGGCCGAUGUCAACAAUAUGGAAUAUGACGCCCUUCAGAGACGCUUUCGAAGAGUCAACUCCACCAGUCUUAUACCCAGACCUGAAGAGAUGACCCGAUUGCGGAGUCUAAACAGACAGCUUCAGAUUGAUAUCGACUGUACCCUGAAGGAGACCGAUCUACUGCAGUCUAGAGGGAAGUUUGAUCCAAAAGCAAUGAGCAACUUUUAUGACAACAUUCAGCCUGGUCCAGUAGUGCCACCCAAACCUGGGAGGAAAGAAGGGGAGCAGGGCUCCAAGCCAGUGCCGGGGCCCCAGAGGGACGAGGACUUCGAAGGCGCCCAUUGGAACUGUGAAAGCUGCACCUUCCUCAACCACCCUGCACUCAACCGCUGUGAACAGUGCGAGAUGCCACGCUACACCUGAGCUUGGCGCUGUGCUGUGUUGCCCACGCCUGCCCCAUCCCCUGCCAUCCUUGGAUAGUAUAAGGCCCACCCCUCCAAAAUCUGUCUAGAGGUCUUCCCCUGUCAAUCAGUAUAUAAGUCCCUCUUACCUGCUGAGGAAGAGCCACUAUCUCUCUCUGCCCACGUGUCCUGCUCCCAUCUACUACUCCUGUGCACUUUGACCCUUGUUUCCCAUUGGCAGAUGAUGAUUCUUUUUUAGGACAGCUGGAGACUCUUCUCAUGUCAUGUCGGAUGUAUAAAAGAGGGAGUGACACACUGCGACUUUGGCAGUGGGUGGGUCGGGGCUUCAGAAAGGUCAAACCGACUGAGGAUUGAGGAGGAGGAGCUACGGUUUAUCUUGAGAACAUUCCAUGCAGAAUGAGUGACUGCCCUGUUUACACAAACUGCACCCAUUCCUGAACUCAAAAUGGAGGCACUUCCACUUCAAUCCAGGACCUGUAACUCCCUCUCUGACAGUGGAACAAUGCAAGCAAUGGUAUAUACGUUCUGACUAAUGCGAAAUGUAGACUGUACACUGUAUCUGGCUCUGUAUUAGAGCUCAUUUCACUGAAAGAAGAACACUAAAGACACUUGCAUAUGAGUAUAUUCCUGGUACUUUUAUGCAUAUUAUGCCACCCUGUAUUAUGUGUUCAAAUGAUGUUGACUUCCUGUGCAAAUGCCUCAACUUGCUGUACUUAAUAAAGGAGCUGAUUCUAUGU